GCUCGGCGACAUCAGCACCUUCGUCGCGCUGGCCACCAUCAGCAGUCAGCUGCAUACCUUGCAGACCGAGGUCCAGCAGCUGCACGGAUGACAAUCGAAGAUGUACAAAAUGCCAACUUUCCAACUGGAAAAGUUUGACGACUACACGCAUCAGGAUCCGACCCUCUGGUGGGAGGCAUUCACAACGCAACUCAGGAUUCUGCCCGUCGCCAAGCACGCGUACAUCGGCGCCCUGUUCCUGAACUCAAAGGGCGGAUGCCAGACCUGGUUGACCCACCUGGCAACCUCCCACGGCGUUGAUGUACCAGACUUGAAGGACAAGCUCACAUGGGAGGAACUGACACUGUUGUGGAAGAAGCGGUUCAUCGUCGACGAUGCGCCGGCACUCGCCAUCAACCGUCUGUUCACCAUGUCACAGGGCAACACUGCAACACGGGACUGGCUCACGGAGUGGCAGAAGAUUGCGGCAAUGCCCAAUUUGGACUUGCCAUUCACACAUCUCAGGCGUGAGUUCUACAAUAGAUUAUGCGCUGCACUGAGCCCGACGCUUGGUGAUCGCGAGCAAUACUCAACCUUUGCAGAGAUCAUUGACAAAGCGAGGGAGAUCAUCAAGACCAACAGGUCAGCUGCACACGAGAAAUCAACAUGGCAGCCGACCUAUGUGGAGAAGGCACGAACUGGUCCGCGACAGCAACACUUUGCUGCAGUCCAGUCGGACAGUGGAGAUAACCCAUCAGCCACUCCAGCAUCAAGUGACGGAGAUCAGGUGGCUGCUGUCCAGCCGCGAAGCAACAACAAGUCUCGCAACAAUGGGAAGGCGAAAUCCACAUCGCAGGCCGAAAAUGGACAACCAGUACAAGUUUCAUGGGUCAAGUUCGGCUUGACCGAGGCGGAGUACAAGGUCCGCGGCCGCUACGGCAGCUGUUAUUGGUGCAACAGCACCAAGCACAAGACCUCCCUGUGUCAGGAUCAGGGCAAGGAGGAUGUGCGACCCCGCCUCAGCUCGGGAAACUGAGCUCCGCGGAAGGUGAGGCGACUCCACCUUCUACUCCGCCAGAUUCGGCCGCCUUGCUAGCGGCCUCCUGCACAUCUGGGGAGAACGCGAAUGUCGCAAGU